AUGCAGUCAGGGAUUGCCGCUUCGCAGGAGCUGCACGAGCAGUUUAGCUCGCUGCUGUCGUCAUCGUCCACCUUUGCUCUACUGGUUGGCAUCGAAAAAGAGUCGCUAGUCCCGAUUGCCAAUGUGGCCUCGACAUCCUCGUUCUCGGGCGACUUGAGCUCUCUGCAGUCGCACAUCAAGCCCAAUGCAGCGGUGUACGCCAUCAUUCGACGAUACGACGCAGCGCCGAAACUGGCGGCAGUCUCCUACGUACCCGAUGCCGCCCCGGUGCGGCAAAAGAUGCUCUUUGCAUCUACGCGAUUGACGCUGACACGAGAACUGGGCCUGGAGCACUUUCGCGAGAGCCUCUUCUUCACAACGCCGGACGAGUUCACCGAGACUGGCUUUAAAAAGGCAGAUGCCCAUGCGCAGCUGGAGGCGCCCCUGACGGAAGAAGAGCGGACGCUGGGCGAAGUCAAGCGCGCGGAACAAGAAGCUGGUGCGGGUACGGGAACGCGAGAAAUUCAUUUGAGCAAGAGCCUGGCGAUGCCUGUGUCUGAGGAGGCUAUUGCCGCCUUGAAGGACAUGCAGGGCAGCCGAGCUGUAACUAUGCUGAAAAUCAACCCAGCCACCGAGGCCAUCGAACUUGUACCCGAGUCACCCAGCCCCGGCACGAUUGCCGAGCUGUCGCAAGCGAUUUCUAGCACCGAGCCGCGCUUCACCUUUUACCGCUACAAGCACACACAUGGAGGAGAGGAGCAGAGCCCACUGCUCUUUUUCUACACAUGCCCAGCGUCCACAGGCGCCAAGUCGAUAAAAAACCGCAUGAUGUAUCCUUUGAUGAAGCGGGCGGUCUUGACCAUUGCAGACCAGGAGGCCGGCCUGACGGUUGAAAAGAAAUUUGAGGUGGAAGAGACAAGCGAGGUGACAGAGCAGCUGGUCUUGGAUGACCUGCACCCAAAGCCGGCGGCGCGGCAAGGUUUCAGCCGACCGAAGCGACCUGGCCGGUGA